AUUUUCCACGGACCUGUUACCUGAUCUUUAACAUCGUUCACGAGUAAUUUUCAUAACUAUACGUUUAAAGUCAAGGCAUUAUUAAAUUGAUAAUAGCUUCCUCUCACUAAUAACGUCCCGCGUCACGCGUCAAGUAAAGACCAGAUUUUUUUGUUUACAAAAACAUCGAGUUACCUACCUAUAUACAUUAAAAUUUGUACGUAAUGUCGCUUCACAAACGUCAUCUUAGACCUUUCUUUCGCUACGUACGUACAUAAAUUAUUGUAACUUUAUUUAACUGGAUCCAAAAACUUGGAACCGGUCCAGUGCCUGACAAGAUCGCGUCGUGGUCACUCGUUUCAAAAAAACGAGAAUGUGUCGUGCAAAUAUUUCGUGAAUUUUUAAAUUUCUGCCUCCGAUAAUAAUAAAAAAAACUUAUAGUGUAUUAAUGAGUUUCGCGUGUUCAUAUAACAGAAGUAUCUUAUGCAAUACGAACAAAUAAACUAUACGGAACUAUAAUAAGUUAAUCAUUCUUUGUUUACCUGAUAUUUAAAUGAUUUCCAGUUUAUUGAUAACUUCUAGAAUAUCCUGCUGUGUCACAAUGAAUUUUAUUAAAGCCGUGACAAAAAGAAUAGUGCGAUAGAGCUGUUGCAUAUUCGUCGUGAUGUUUUGUUAAGUUGUGCACGUGUAAAAUAGUGACCAAAACCGGUUUUAGCAAUCCUAAUUCAAACAACUCGUGCGCGAAAAAUUAAGUCUAAAGCAAAAAAAGUAUACGAACGGCACGCUAGUAUUUUCAGAGUAUCACAAUAAUGUUAAAAGCAUACCUACCAAUUUAAAAUUCGUCCUUCAGUCACUACGCUGAUUGAAUUAACACUUUUUAAUACUAUACAAUAAUACGUGUGCGUGCCGCGGAAUUCCCUCAUUGAGUAAUCAUCUCUGGUUGAAACAACUCAACGAUCCUCAUCGUGUCUAGUCGUAUAGUGACCGCGGUGAGCACCGGUGCUCCCCAUUGAAACGAUGACAGUUUAAAUAACGGUUAUAAUAAAAGUAAUUCAUAGUUGCGGCGGCGGCUUAAUUUCGUUCAAUAUGUCCGUUGUUUUGAUGUUAUUCGUGUUUGUCGCGACGGGUUUGUGUUGGAAAUCGCAUAGACUGGAAAUAUGUGACGACGAGAACAGCGUGGAUAUCACAGCGGGCACCCAUUUAUCGGGUGGUGUGAUCUACCACGACGGGGUGCGGUACGACCAAAGUGAAUAUUAUACUGACAAGAGAACCGGAUCGGACCGGGGGUGCGUGUGCUUGAAAGGGACGUGCAUAAGAAAGUGUUGCCCCCUCGGCUAUGGCUACAAUUAUAAAAGCAAACAAUGUGUGAAAGUGUACGAGAGAUUCGCGCCGCCCGUUUGGGACAACUAUGCGUACGAAAUGUUAAAAGUGAACGCUUCCGAUAUAUUCCAUUAUGUGCCCGGGAAAAUGAACUGCACCGAUUCCAAGACGAGGAUACGAAUAGGGCAAGCCACAAAGAAUUUUGUCUUGAGAGUGGAUGGUAAACUGUACAUACAAAUACCAGAGAGCAUUCCUCCGUGGCUCGUUCAGACCCCUGAUGAAUACUGCAUCGACACGUUCGUCAGAGAAGACCCAACAACCGGAGAGAGGACUUCAAGUCUGGACGCGCUGAUCUGCUUCGCUGAUAAAGUUAACAACGAACAAUACGUCCUAAGAUUCACUUAUUUAGCUCUGAUAGUAUAA